AUGGAGGCCCUGGUUGCUGCACGAAGACAGAGAGCAGGAAGACUGGCUUCUGGAGGUCAUCUUGAGCCUCUGAGGACCUCGAUCCCAUCAGAGGGGCCCAAGCAAAGCUGGGUGACCCAGUGGCAGGACUUGCUAAAGGAGAUGGACUCCACUUUCUCAGAGGGAGGGGAGCCUCAGCAGACAGAGCUCAGGGACAACCCCAAGGCCUUCCUGGCCUCCUUCGAGCAAGUAGCCAAAGCUUGCCAGUGGCCUAGAGAAGAGUGGGCAGCCCGGCUCCUGCCAGCUCUUUGCGGAGAAGCCCAAGCGGCCCUCCGUGGCCUGGAAGCUGGAGACCGAGAAGACUAUGGGAAGGUCAAGGCUGCCAUCCUGCAAGGGGAAGCCCACCGGGUAGAAGCCCAGCGCCGGCACUUCCGUCAUUUCCGUUACCAGGGGACUGAAGACCCCCGGAGGGUUUACAGCCACCUCUGGGAGCUUUGCUACCAGUGGCUGAAGCCGGAGAGACGCACCAAGGAGCAGAUCCUGGAGCUGCUGAUCCUGGAGCAAUUCCUGGCCAUCCUUCCAGCAGAAGUCAAGGCCUGGGUGGCAGCGAGGGACCUUGAGGGGGGCGUUCAGAGAGUGGCCUUGACCGAAGAGUUCCUGAGAACCUACCAAGAGGCCACAGCAGGAGAAAAGCAGAACUAUGCUUUUUGA